AUGGUAGAUUCAUCACAAGGAAAUGAAAAAGUUCAGAGAUACGAAAUAUGGACAUCUGAAGAGAGUAAUGAAUUGCUUAGACUCAUAGUUGAUGCAGCCAAUCGCGGAUGGCGUGAUAAGUCUGGAAAUUUGAGUAAAGUAACCGUAGAGAAACAUAUAUUGCCCCCUCUUAAUGCAAAGCUUGGAACUGAGAAGACGUAUGCUCAAUAUAAAAGUCGUGUAAAAUGGUUUAAGAAGCAAUACGAUAAAUAUGCCAAGCUUAUGCGACAUAACUCGGGCUUUGGCUGGAAUGACGUGACCAAGAAAUUUACUGCUGAUGAGCAUGUGUGGGAGGACUACUUUAGGUCUCAUCCCGGGGAUAAGAGUUACAAGACAGACACUUUUUCUGAUUAUGAAGAUUUGAGAAUUGCUGUUGGAUGUGGAACUGCUAUUGGCAAAAGCUCAAUUGCAAUAGGCGAUGAUGUUGAAGAAACGACUUUUGAGACGGAAGAAAGAAUGGAAAAUAUUAAUUCCAUAGACGACCUGAUGCAUGAUCCAGAUUCUGAGGUGUUCGUUAACACUAAUAGCCCUCUCGACCAUAUGUCAUUAUCUCCGAUGCACUCUCCACCAUUCGCUCAACACAAAAGUUCAGAAAAACGUCCACCCGUUCGAAAGCGAAACAGAACUAAUUUUGAAGCAAACCCCAAAAGCACAGCAUCUGGCCCUGACAACCUCACAGAAAGCGUUAACAAGAUUGUCCGUGCUAUUGAGUCUGUCGACACUAAAGAGUAUAACUGUUGGGGCAUUAUAAAGGAGAUUCCAAACUUAGACGACGAUUCACGCUUCAAGGUCCUUGAUUUGCUUAAUACUAGAGCAAAGAAAGCAGAGUUUUGGAAUAUGGCACCGGAAGAACGUUUGAGAUGGAUUGCAUAUAAAUUAAAAUGA